CUAUUUACACUACGAUACAACCAAUACUCUUUACUUGAGAGUGUGCUUCAAUUCCACAUAAUAUGGCUCCGCCACAACCUUUGGUUUUCACGGUGAGGAGGCGGAUGCCGGAGCUUGUUUCUCCGGCGGGGCCGACGCCGAAUGAGAUUAAAUAUCUAUCCGACAUCGACGACCAAGAAGGCUUGAGGUUCCAGAUUCCGGUCAUCCAAUUCUACCGCAGAGACGAGACCAAUCUUAACGGGAAAGACCCGGUGAAAGUUAUCCGGGAAGCACUGGCGAAAGCUCUCGUGUUUUAUUACCCCAUGGCGGGAAGGCUGCGGGAGGGCCCCGGCCGGAAACUAAUGGUGGAUUGCACCGGGGAGGGGGUCGUUUUUAUCGAGGCGGACGCAGACGUGGCGCUGGCGGAUUUCGGAGACGCGCUUCAGCCUCCAUUCCCGUGUUUGGAGGAGCUUCUUUAUGAUGUUCCCGGUUCCGAAGGCGUUCUCCACUGCCCUUUGCUCCUCAUUCAGGUCACUCGCUUGAGCUGCGGUGGGUACAUUUUCGCAUUGCGUUUGAACCACACAGUAUGCGACGCCUUCGGUCUGGUCCAAUUCCUGAACGCCGUCGCCGAAUUAGCGCGCGGCGGUCGGAGUCCGUCCGUAAUGCCGGUGUGGCGGAGGGAAUUGUUGGACGCCCGGAAUCUACCGGGCGCGACGCCGACGUUCGCUCACCACGAGUACGAUCAAGUUCCUGAAUCGGAGGGGGCCGCCGUUAUAGCAUUGGAUGACAUGGCACACCGUUCCUUCUUCUUCGGGGAGGGAGAGAUAGCCGUUCUCCGGCGGCUGCUCCCCGUCCGCCUACGGCGGUGCUCCACCUUCGACGUGCUCACGGCGUGCCUGUGGCGGUGCCGUACCGUCGCCCUCCGACCCGACCCGGACGAGGAGGUUCGGGUCAUCUGCAUCGUGAACGCCAGAUCCAGAUUCAACAACCCCCCGAUUCCUCGGGGCUACUACGGCAACGCGUUCGCGUUGCCGGUGGCGAUGGCCGCCGCGGGAGAUCUGGCGAAGAAGCCGCUGGGGUACGCGGUGGAUCUGGUGAGGAAGGCGAAGGGGGAGGUGAGCGAAGAGUACAUGAGGUCGGUGGCGGAUCUGAUGGUGGCCAAGGGGCGGCCGCAUUUCGCGGUUGCGAGGACAUACUUGGUUUCCGACCUGAAGCGGGCCGGGUUCGGCGAGGUGGAUUUCGGGUGGGGUAGACCGGCUUACGGCGGGCCGGCGAAAGGAGGGGUGGGAGCCAUCCCGGGGCUGUCUAGCUUCUAUAUACCGUCCAAGAAUGGAACGGUGGUUCCGGUGUCUUUGCCGGCCUCUGCAAUGGAAACAUUCGUGAGGGAAGUUGAAUAUAUGAUCAACCCACAUUUUGAUCAAAUCAGAUCUGCUCUUUGAUUAAUUACAUAAUCUUUGUUUCUUGUACGUUUAUAUACAUCAUUUCAUAAAUAAAAUAUUCUAUAACUUCUUACAAAAGCUUGAGUAAUCUAAUUAUUACUCUCUCCGUCCCGAAAUAUUCUUCUUAUUUGACUUUUUACGGUUUCUAAGAUUGCACUUUGACCACUAAUAUUUUUAUUUAUUCAUGGAUAUAAUUUAUAAAAAUUUGAUAUUUGAAAACUAUAUUUCAAAAUGAAUAUAUUCAUAUUAAAGUUAUAUCGUAAUA